AUGAAUGAAACCAAUAAGAAUGAACAAAAAACAGAUUGGCCUGGUAUAAGGUUGAUCUGUGUGAUAGCUUUUCUCGCUGCUAUACAAAUGUUUGUAAUCGGAAUGGCAGAAUGGCCCUAUAUGCAUGAGGUUGAUCCUGAAGCAACAUCAAAUUUUUUUGGCUAUGUUGGGUCCGUAUCCUCUCUUGGCCACGCUAUUUGUGCACCUCUAAUGGGUUAUUGGAGCUCAGCGACGGGACAAACUAAGUUACCUUUAAUUGCUGGACGCUUAAUUGCAAUGGUUGGCUGCAUCAUUUACCUAUGCGUCGAACUAUUUUUGCACAAUCGUCGAUAUGUUAUGCUUAUUUGUUAUACAAUUUUUGGAAUCUCAAUGAGCUCUAUAAGCGUAAUGCGUGGUUAUAUAGCGAAAAUAAGUGCUCCAGAUGACCGAGCUGUCGCAGUAAGUAUGUUCGGCUUAGCCACAAUGUUUGCUGUAACUAUUGGUCCAGUUUUUCAAUUAUUAUUCGCACCACUGUCUUAUCCUGGAUUCGAUUUAAUCCCAAAUAAGUUGCGUUUAAAUAUUUAUACUGGACCGAUAUAUAUUGCAACUAUCGCUAAUAUAGUUGGCUUACUUCUGAUAAUAAUCGUUUUCAAGGAGAAACGAAUUGAAAGAAAAAUUUUAAGACAAGAUGAUGAUGGGCGAAAAACUUCACGAGCAAUUGCUGCAUUAACUGCUGAUAUGCAUACGUUCAGUUUUUCCUUGGCAUUUACAUGCAUAUUUAUUCGGAUGACAGGCUUUCUCACUCUUGUAACUUUACAUACAACAACAGCCCCUUUAAUGAUGUCCGUUUUCGGAUGGUCAAAUACGGCCACCGUUAAAGUGAGUUCAGUUACUCAAGUUAUUGUUGGAAUACUCAGUUUGUGUAUUUUUGCGGGCUUUGCAACAGGAAAACUAUUGAAAAUUCUAAGCGAAAGACGUGCGGCCUUAAUCGGACUCGCUCUUUUUGGAGUAUUUUUUAUAUUAACAUAUCCUUGGCCUUUUAUUGGAAGUACGAUUCCACUAAAAAGCGACGAAAAUAAUGCAACUGGUUGCGAUCCGCUUGUAUAUACUUGGUGCUUAAAUACUCUAUCGGUUAAUCCUAUAAUAUAUAUUGGUUCUGCGAUCGCUGUUCUUGGAAUUGCAAUCACGUUCAUAACUAUAAGCACGGAUAGUCUAUACUCGAAAAUUUUGGGACCAAUUGAUCAAGGAACUAUGCAAGGAAUUUUUCUCCUCUGCAUGGACAUUAUCAAUAUCUUCGGACCGCUUAUUAUCGCGUAA